AUGCACGAUCCUGUGCACGCCCCUCUCGAUGCCGGCUAUGCGGCUCCUCAGAGCAUACUGAAGAGGGCCAUGUCAACCGCUGCACAGCCCUGGAGCCUCAUCAGUGCCCUCCUAGAUGCAUACACUGUCAUAGACCACAUCCAGCUGACUUCCCAGACUCAACAAGCAGAGAUCCGCAAAUCCUGCGCUAUAAACCUCGCAAAAGCUCGAACUGAAGGAGGAUGUAGCUCUCAGCUCUCCAUAGGCACACAAGAAACACCUAUGGCAUUAGACGAGAUGCCAUCUCAGCCUCCAACCCAUGAGAUUAUCUCUCCUUUCCGCUCAGUAACCCCCCCACCUCGCGCCCCAACUGAAGAUCCUCCAAUUACAGCUCGUGCAGUCCGCUUUACAACCUCUCAACCAUAA